GGUCUAUAUCUUUACAUUUGGUCAGUUCCGUUAAGCCGACACGUCCUUACUUCCUUGAACCACAAACGACUUUUUUUUUUUCUGUUAAUUUUUCAUCUAUUUUUUAACUCCCACCAUCGCUUCUUUUUAUUCUUCUUGUUCUUCAUUCUCCACAUUAAAAAUAAUAAAAACGAGAAUUAAAACAAUUAUUCGCGGAGAGUUUUUUAUUUCGUAAUUACACUCCGUACAGAUAUUGAUGCGCCUCAGGAUGAAAUUAGGCCCCUACAAAUUAAGAUGGAAGGCUAAAGAACUGUCUCUCUUUCUCAUUGUUCUUGUGUGUGCAACUAUUCUUAUUUGGACAUGGAACAAAAGUCCAGUACUUACUUCCUUACUACCAUCCAAAAAUCAAUUGUUGCAGCUCUCUCCAGAUAUUAAAACGGUACCAUUAGAACCCAAAAGACAUGUGAGAGAAGAUAUUUCUACAUUGACACGAAGGGAAGUCAUAACUAAUGAAGAGGAACGUCAUCUUGAUAAGACACCUUCUACUGAUAUCAUAAAUAAUGAAGAGGAACAUCAUCCGGAUAAGACACCUACUGCUAUCUUAAACAAUAAAGAGGAACAGCAUCUGGAUAAGGUGACUUCUGCUGAUACUUCCGAAAGUUCUUUAGACUUUGAAACAGUUCCUCAUCAGAAGAAAGCACACUUUUCCUUUACUUGUUUUACCAUGAAUAUUAUUGGGAUCUUGCUGCGGCCAGUUUCUUCAUUUUCUACUUCAAACUCACAGCAUUUGGGGAUUCCCAUUUUAAUUUGUUAUGGUGGGGCAGAAGAAGCAGCAAAACACAAGCACAGUCCAAAAGGAGAGAAAACUGGUGUUGUUAAAAGUGGAUCAAUUUCAACACAGACAGAAGAAACAAAGAAUGUAAUUUUAGGAGAAAAGACUUCAGAACAAGAAGAAAAGAGAGUGGCGAAUCAAGCCUGUAAUUAUGCAAAAGGAAAAUGGGUUAUAGAUGACAAACGACCUUUGUAUUCUGGGUUUGGUUGUAAACAGUGGCUAGCACCAAUGUGGGCUUGCCGUUUGAUGCGGCGUCAAGAUUUUGCCUUUGAGAAGCUAAGAUGGCAACCAAAUGGCUGUGAAAUGGAAGAAUUUGAAGGGUCAAAGUUCUUAAAAAGGAUGCAAGACAAAACUCUAGCUUUUGUUGGAGAUUCAUUGGGUAGGCAGCAGUUCCAGUCUCUAAUGUGCAUGAUCACAGCUGGUAAGGAUAGCUCAAAUGUCCUUGAUGUGGGCAAGGAGUAUGGACUUGUCAUACCACCUGGUGGUAAACGUCCUAAUGGUUGGGCUUAUCGAUUUCCCAGCACCAAUACUACUGUCCUUUACUACUGGUCUUCAAGCCUCUGUGAUCUGGAGCCUCUUAAUGUCAAGGACCCACACAUAGAAUAUGCAAUGCAUCUAGAUCGACCUCCAGCAUUUUUGCGCCAGUUUCUUCACAAAAUUGAUGUCUUGGUUCUGAACACAGGGCACCAUUGGAAUCGAGGGAAACUGAGGGCUAACAGGUGGGUCAUGUAUGUUGGGGGUGUGCCUAACACCAACAGGAAGAUAGCAGAUAUGGGAAGUGCCAAGAACUUCACAAUCCAUAGCACUGUUAAAUGGCUAGACUCUCAGCUUCCAAAGCAUCCUCAUCUGAAAACGUUUUAUAGGAGCAUCUCCCCUAGGCACUUUGUAAAUGGGGACUGGAACAGUGGAGGGAGCUGUGACAAUACUACUCCUAUGUCUAUAGGUAAAGAAGUAUUACAAGAAGAGUCCAGUGAUCAUAGUGCUGCCAGCGCCACGAGGGGGACAGGGGUUAAACUUCUGGACAUAACAGCUUUGUCUCAGGUGAGAGACGAGGGUCACAUAUCCCGGUUCAGGAUUACAGCAUCACCAGGAGUCCAGGACUGCUUGCAUUGGUGUUUGCCCGGUGUUCCUGACACAUGGAAUGAAAUCCUCUUUGCACAAAUUUAGUCCCACACUGUUGUUUCUGAAUGAAGAAUUCUUGCAGCAUGCUCUGAGACACGAAAGUGUUGCCUCUUCCUAUCAUUGAUUGGGCAUACUUUUGACGGCAUCCUUUAACCCCAUCUCCCAUGGGAUGACUUCCAUGUCGUAACCAUGUCAGUCAUAGGCUUAUUCUUGUGUUAUGGAACCACAAUUUUUCGUGGCUAGCGUAUCUGUAGAUUUAGUCUCUCUAUCUUUUUGUAGCGUAGUUAAGCCAUAAUUUUUUCUUUCUUUUUUUGAGCUUACACUAUCUGAAUAUUAAUGGAGGAAGCUUCGGAGUAAAAGUUGGCCUGAAACUGGGUACCACUGCAGCCUCCGAUGAAGAAAAAUGCUUACAACGGAUGGAAAACAGCAGGAAAAGGGAAAAAAAAAGUAAUACGGGAUAAUGUAGUGUUGGGAUUUGGAGAAGGAAAGAAGAACAAGAAAAAUAUAUGAAAUUACAAAUUUGAUAUCAAACCUUGGUUUUUUAGUCGUUCUGCAAUUACAACCAAAUCCUCAUCGAUGGCAUAUAUUAAUUUCGUACAUUUCUCAAGUGUGUGUUAUUAAUUUGAUCGUACGACCACUAAAUUUGUCAAGUUAAUUUUUUUUCUUGAUGUACAUUUUCUUUGUCCCUUCAAAUAGAUUCUCAACAACAGAGAAGUACCGAAGGCAACUUUGAUGGAUGAUCUGGGCCUAUAAAAGGUGAAAGUCGAUUUUCUUUCUGUCAGAACCCAGAAGAUAUCAGAAAUAAAUAAGGACAAACCGACAAAUUGUACCGGCUAAAAUCUUAAAACUUGAAAAUGAAGAAUGAAAAAAUCUUUCCUUUUUUUUUUUCAAAUCACCGCCAUGACCUUUAAUACUUCCAGCCACAUACGAAAGUUUAUUAGCUAAUACUCGAAUAUCAUCAAUCAAUUCCUAUCAAUAUUGGAAUAAUUUGACGAAUAAAGUCCCCCGUCCCACCUGAAAGCAAAAGUUGGGGGGCAAAAAUCCAAAUAAUUGGCCAUGGAUUUCGGUUCCACUUCCAUUACAAAAAGUUGUGGAUGAGGUUGGCGUCAACUUCAUCAGGUGGUAACUGGUAGCUAUACUGAUUGCAAGGAUUGGGACGUGGAGACAUCCCAUUCCCAGUGUUUUUUCAUUUUGACUGAUAGAUUGGCCAUUUUAAUUACAUCCACUCAAGUCAAUGAAAUCUGCCGACUGUCCAAUAAUAAAACUGGGUGCAUUUCACGUGUCAGGAGAAGCAGGCGCUGCCUACCCCCCAUCCCACUGGCCCACCACAUUCACAUAUCCAGCAGUAAGCAGAUCAAGAAAGCCGUUGGUAAUAUAACUAUAAUAAUAACUAACCGUUGGAGUUGGAGAUUUACUAUCCUGU